AUGGUGGCGCCAGUAGUUUACCCACAAAUUCUACGGAUCAGAAGCCGGGCAACGAGAAAUGCAAGACGUCGGUACUAUUUUCUUUCUUUCUCUUUUCUUCUUCUUCUUCUUUUUUCUUCUUCUUCUUCUUCUUCUUCUUCUUCUUCUUCUUCUUCUCUGUUUCAUACCGCCUGCUUUAUUUCUCUUUCUCAUCACCUCUCUUUCUUUUUUUAUUUCUCUCUCUUCAUCCCCACGCCUCUUUUCUUAAUCGCUUUCUUUCUUCAACGUCAUUAUAAUCUUUUUUUUUUCUUUUGUUUUCCCCUUCUCUUUAUUUUUUCAUUAAGAUUUAUUUCAUUUUUUUUCCUUUUUCUUCUAUCGUCAAUGUACUUCUUAGUCUUUUAUUUUUCUUUUUUUCAAAUUUAUAACAUCUUUCCUGGUUUUAGCGGUUUAUUCUGCCUAUUUCCCCCCUUUUUAUCAUUUUCAUCAUCCUUUUUUUUUUUUACGUUGUUUCACAUUAUUUCUCAUCUUUCUUCUUCUCCCUGCCUCCACUUCUCUUUUCAGUACUAA